AUGCACCCACCUCAUGUCCGGACUGAACAACAAGGGAUAUCUUAUGGGCCACCUUCUGAGCAAUUUUAUCCGAUUGGUCAACCUCAGAUGCAGUCCUAUCCAUCAAUGCAAUCAUCUUAUACUAUGCACCCACCUCAUGUCCGGACUGAACAACAAGGGAUAUCUUAUGGGCCACCUUCUGAGCAAUUUUAUCCGAUUGGUCAACCUCAGAUGCAGUCCUAUCCAUCAAUGCAAUCAUCUUAUACUAUGCACCCACCUCCUGUCUGGACUGAACAGCAUUGGCUAUCUUCUGGGCCACUUCCUCAGCAAUAUCAUCUGAUGGGUCAACCUCAGAUGCAGUCCUAUCCAUCAAUGCAAUCUUCUUAUACUAUGCACCCACCUCCUGUCUGGACUGAACAGCAUUGGCUAUCUUCUGGGCCACUUCCUCAGCAAUAUCAUCUGAUGGGUCAACCUCAGAUGCAGUCCUAUCCAUCAAUGCAAUCUUCAUAUACUGUAGGGUGUCGAGUCGACCGAUUACUCCGAGUACUCUCCGACUUGGCCACUUUGACCCCCGAGUACUCACCGUAUACCGUAUGCACCCGAGUACUCCCAACUCGCUUAUCGGCCGCCCUGGGAACGAUUAGCGACUUCUGCCACCUUGAUCACGUGCCUAGCUUCAGUGGUGCUUCAUAUACUGCUCAAAAAGAAGCUUCUACUAUUAGCUCCGGAAAUAAAGUUUCUUCGAGCCAUGUAACAGUUACACCUGUUACUUCUGUUGGCGAUAUGUUGGCUGAGGUCAAAUCUGAGAGACAUUGGUCUCCAAUACCUUACGUCGAAGUCUCAGCGCAGGACACUGAGGACUUGAUGCAAAGAAAGGAAUUGGAGACUGAGAGGAGCCCUUUACCCAGAGAGUUAUUGGAAGCAUUCCUGUUGACUAAAAAGCAAUUAAAAGCAAGAGCAAAAGCGGAAUUUACAAAGAUGUUGAAAGAGUAUGAAGAAGACAUAAUGAAUAGGUAUACUGCAAGUGCAUGGGUGUAUAACUUUUCUAAAGAUAUGGGAUGGCGCGAUGCAAAGAAAAAAUUCGAAGGCGAUAAGCGCUAUCAAGCUGUAAAUGAAGUUGAUGUCCGUAAAGGUCUUUAUGAGGACUACAUGUUUGAUCUCCAAAAGAAAAUGAUAGCAAAACAUGCAGUAGAUGAAAAAAAAUUCAUAUCAACUUUCAAUCAGGCAUCAAGUGCUAGUCAAGACGUAGCGGCUGAGUGGCAAGCGCAUGGAUGUGUUGAUGACGACAGAAUAUUUUAUUAUAACAAGAUAACCGGGAAGAGUAAUUGGGCUAAACCUUUGGAGUUGAUGACACCUUUGGAGAGGGAUAAUGCUGAUGCUUACCCUCUUUGGGAAGUGAUCACAACUUCAAAGGGUGAAAAUUAUUUUUACAACAAGGUUACAGGGGAAUCUAAAUGGACUUUACCAGAUAACGUGAAGUUGGCUUGUGAGCAGGCUGAAAAAGAAGCUUCAAGCCUUGUAGCAGUUACACCCGUUGCCGAUGUGUUGGCUGAAGUCAAAUUGGAGAAUUCAUCUUUAACUGGUGCUUCAAAAGCUUUAGUCGGAGUCUCAGAGCAGGACAGUGAGGCAUGCCUAGUCUAAUUUCAUCUUUGUCAUAUUGAAGCUGAGGUUGGAAGAAUGUUGGGUUGGGUAACAUGUUUGAAUGGGUUUGGGUUGAAAUGGUCACUUUUUUUGACAAUUGAAA